ACAAGAAAAAGGAUGCUUUCUUUUCGCGCAUGCUCUAUGACUCACAAAUGAAAAUGGCCAGUUCCAUAAUGCUUUUGGUAAAGAUCGCUUCAUUAGAAAGUCGCCUUUAAAACUUUAAAGUGAGUUUGAAGGUGGACCCGGAAUUUUCUAAAGGAAGCUUCCUCUUCCAAAGUUUGUGUGGCGGAUAAAAUGGAAGAAAAGAAAAAAAAAAAAUUUUUCAGUGUUGAAGAUCAGCUCCUAUUGUUAGAUUUAAUUUUGAAGGAGAAGGACAUAAUCGAAAAUAAAAUAACGAAUAAAUUAACUAAUGAAGAAAAGGACAAAACGUGGCAGAAUAUAUGUUCGUCAUUCAACUCGUCCACGUACCAUCCCAGGAGUGUUGAUCAACUGAAAACUAAAUUUGAUAAUUUAAAAACAAAAGCUAAAAAAGUGGUAGCUGCAAGGGGGACUGCUGGUGUUCAAAUAAGCGAUCCAAUUGUUGAGACCACAUUGAAAAUAAUGAAUUCAAAACAAAUGGUAGGGCUUCAUACAGAAUUCGAUUGUGAUAGUGUGGACGAUGUGAAAAUCGAAAUUGUGCCUUCUGAGUUGGAUCCUACAGAUUCAGUAUGUUUAUUGAUCAACAAUGAACUUGAAAUGAUUUCACAAAAAAAUCAAAGUGAGUUUCCUGUUGAAAUAAAACAGGAUAAUCGGGUUCUACAUUCUCCACAAUUUCUUAAUUCACUAGAGGAAGAGGUUUCAGAAGGGCCUGUUGAGAAAAACCCAGAAAAGUGGUCAUCUCACAAUCGGAGGAACUUGAAGCUAGUGAGCAGGAACCCGAGAACUCAAGUUCGGAAGCCACUGUCACUGACAAAAGAGGCUUACUAUAGGAAGAAAAAGGAAAUUUUAGAAAAUGAGGACAGGCGAAGGCAGGAGGAACAUGAGGCUAAAUUACAAUUGAUGCAAUUGCAAAUUUUAGAAUUAAAAAAAAAACUCAAUGAACAAUGAAUUCCCUUUUGCAUAAUAAAUUAUUUUAUUCUAUAUGCAGGGUGAUUUCGGAGAAGUUUACACUAGUCUGGGCAGUUUCGAAGCAAUGUUUGAUUAUUGGUUGGGGGCCUUUAUUGGGAGUCUACAGGGUGAUUUGUCCGAUUUUUCUUUUAUUCAUAACUUUGGUAUGGCUUGAUCAAUAUUGAUGAAAUUUUCAGUGUAGAACAAUAUGAUUGUCUACUUUCAUUAGUUUUAACACUUUUCAAAAAUACAGGGUGGGAAUUAUGAUAAGUUCAGAUUAAAUUUGCAGGUUGAAAAACCACCCUUGACCAGUGUAAACUUCUCCUAAAAUCUGACGGUCUCCUCCGAAUCACCCUGUAUAUAGUGAGCCUUUGACUUGUACAUAUUUUUAUGCGCUUAUUAAAUUAUAUUUGAUGUU